AUGGAACCGUGUCCAGCUGUUAAAACUUCAAUUUUGAAAACCAAAUCUGGUCGUACAUCGUAUCGCAUACGUAAUUUCUCUUUAUCUGAUCGAUUUGACAUUCAACGUCUAUGUACUGAAGAACGAAUCGAAAUUCUCGUGCCCAUAUCUCGUGCUUGUUUUCGCAAUCGAUUUACUUUUAUUCUCCUUCUUCUUUGUAUCAUCGUUUCCAUGUUUAUUUUCACUCGUUUGAUCGUUUCAUGCAUGAUACCAUCCAUAGUCAUUACUGCUUUUCUCUCCUACCGUAUAAGUAGUCUCAAACACAAAAUCAAAGCUCCAUUUCAACAUUCGUACAUCGAAUACACUGAUAAACUAUCUCGUCGACGAAUUCUCGUUGCAGUAACAACUGUUGAAGACGACGAUGAUGUUAUGCACGAGCAAGAUAUUGUUGGUUUCAUUUGUUUUUCAUCUCAUCCAACGGAACGACAAUCGGCAUUGAUAACACAUCUCUUCGUAACGAAGAAGUAUCGUCAUGAAAAGAUCGGUCAUAUUCUUCUGCAAACAUGUCGUCGAAUCAUUUCCGAAGAAACUCAAUAUCAACAUCUGCAUGCACUUUGUUCCGGCUACCAAAAAGAUGGUUAUCGAUUUCUAUUGGAUCAUCAUUUUUUUAUUAGUAAUUCAUGGACAACAUGUAUCUUCGUGCCAGGAAUAACCGAUGAACAGAAAAUGUUGAGUACGACGCGCAUCGCUCCUCUUUGA